AUGUCCAUGGGGGAGUAUCCUGAUGUUUGGAACGAGGCUGAGUCUGGCAGUAAGAUCGACUGGUUAGAGUUGGCAUCGGAUGAGGCUUUCAAGCGGCAUGUGAAGGAGGGAGAGCACAUAAAGGUUUAUAGGAAGAAGAAACGAGGCUUCAAACAGUUUCGGAGGCUUAUUCUUGCACAAGAGUUGUGUUCUAGUGGGGAAGAAGGAGCAGUAUGGUGUUUACGGUUCAGUAAAGAUGGUAAGUUUAUGGCUAGUGCUGGUAAAGAUGAGGUGCUUCGUGUUUGGAAGGUGAUUUCGUCACCAUCAGAGCGGUUGGAAAUGAACCAGCGUUCGAUUUCGUUCUUGAAGUCUACUACGAAUGCGAUUUCGGAGUUGAAUGGACGAUUGGCGAGGUAUACGGUGGGGGAUCCUGGAUCAGGGGAUUCGUACUCGUUGAAUUCGAAUUCGAGCCUGCAAGCGGAGUCUCUGGGGAGUGCUUCGAUACGAGGAGCACCUUCGUCGAAGCAGCAGCAGCAGCAGCAUCAACAGCAGCAUCCUCACUUGCAUCAGCGUUCUGACGGGCAUGCACCAAUUCAGAACAGUGCUGGCGUGGAUGGAUCGUACUUUGGCGUGUUUCAUCCAAAGCCGUACGCUUCGUUCCACGAGCAUUCAGACGACAUUUUGGACGUCGAUUGGUCCAAGAACUCUUUUAUCAUCACUGGGUCGAUGGACAAGAGCUGCAAACUAUGGCACUGUGAGCGAGAAACGUCUCUACAUACGUUUGUGCAUCCGGAUUUUGUCACAGGCGUGCGUUUCUUCCCAUUGGACGAUCGUUUCUUUGUGAGCGCGUGCCUUGAUCAAAAAUGCAGGCUUUGGUCGAUCUUGGACAAGAAGGUCUUAUUCGAGUACGAUUGCGGGGACUUGAUCACUGCAAUGGAUAUAUCGCAUGACGGUAGAUACACCAUUUUGGGGACAUUUAAUGGCCACAUCCACGUUUUGGUGACCAAGUCGUUGGAAUUGCUAUUCAGCUUCAAUGUGCUGGACAAGAAUUCUGAAUUGAAUAGCCAUACUGAUGAGAAUGGGAACAGCUACGACAGCAAUGCUAAUGGGAGCCAUGGGCACGGCAGCAAGUUCAAGAGGAAGCUCAAGAAUCGCAGGAAGUUGAAACAAGGGCCCAAGAUCACCGGGCUUGAAUUUAUCAGGAAAGAGUAUCGCAAUUCUACCAUUAAAAACCACGAUAUAAGCAGUUGGUUCCUAGUCAGCAGCAACGAUUCAAGAAUUAGAAUAUAUACAUUGGGCAAAGAGCUACUGUCCAUCAUGAAGGGCCACUCUAAUGAGCACUCGCAGAUUACAGCACACUCCUUGGUAACAAGAGGCGGUAAAGCAUUUGUUGUAAGUGCCAGUGAGGACCACUGGAUCUACUGUUGGAAAAUAUCGGACGAGUCGAGUGACAAGGAAGAACUCUCGUCAAAAGAUGAGAAGGGAAGACGUUCAAGGUCGGGGUCUCUGCGUGGGUUCUGUAAACGCCGUCAUAACGAUCAUACUCCAUUGGACACCUUGGAGUCUAGGUUGGCUGGUAAGGGUCACAAGAAUAAUCAGCCAAACACUAAUUCAAACUACAUUGGCUUCCAUGCGCACCACCACCCUAUAACGUGUGCUACGAUGGUUCCAUCUCAAACGAGCAAAGUCUUGUCUUUGAGUAAUGACUUGAUAUGUGAACUAACUAUGCAAUUCUGGGAAACGACAGAUGAUAUUACUGCAGGAGACGACAGCAAGCGAAGCAAUGGCACGUCUUCAAGAGCGAAGAGGUCUGGCUCCUUCUAUCGCGAAACUAUCAAAAACGAUAGCAACGGCGGGAGUUCGAGGUCGACUCCACAGAUGACUGCAUCGUCAAGCCUCCAGCAUUUGAAUGUCGACGCAUAUCCUGGCUCUGGUGCUAAUGGUGUUAACGGUGGUGGUAAUGACAACAACGCCAAGAACCAGCCAACCUUGUCGGAAUUUGUCGGUUCAAUACUAGUGAGUGCUGAUACGACGGGUGUUAUUCGUGUAUUCCGUAGUGAUAUUUCAUCUAAUGUUCGUCAAAAGGUGCUAGCACGGCUUGCAGCUGUUGAAGCUCAGAUGAGGAACAGCCAUAUUCCAAUGAAUGCUACAUCAGUGCCUAUGACAAAAGGUGGAAGUCAUCAUGGGGCCCCACAUCCACCAGGAUAUGGUCUAAUCAGUAGUAAUGGAAACACGAGUCUCAAUGGUAACGAAGGCCUAGGUAUAAGCAAAAUUCCUACGAAUGGCAUGAAUGGCGGCGGAGCCGCGGGAUCCAUGGGCAACGGCAAUGGUGUAGCCAGUGGUGUUCACCGCAGCAACAGCAUGCUCAAUGGCAUUGUGUAUAUAGAGAGGCCAACUCCUUUCCCUGCCCAGGGAAGUCCGAAUAUAGGUCGUGAGGAGUCGAUGGUGUCACUUUCGACACUACAACAAAAGAGUCCUCGUGCCAGGGUAUGCAACGUCUGUGGAGGAACCAAUUUCGCAGCGGACCAAAAAGCAGGGUUUAGCAAGUCACCUCAAAAUAUGAGGUAUUUCUGUCUAGAUUGCGGGGCAUUGUAUACAUCGUUCAGGUGA